UGUCUCCCCUCUCUGUCAGACCCUCAGGAAGAAGGGCCUAAACGGCUGCGACAGCCCCGACAUCGAGGCGGACGACUCUGCCGGCCAGAGCCCCGAGUCGGAGGACAAAUACCGCAAGAUCAACGAAGACAUCGACCUCAUCAUCAGCCGACAGAGACUGUGUGCCCUCCCUCCCUCAAACUACGACAUGGGAUUGUCCAUCCAAGCCAAUAACCCCAGCGGACUGCUUUACUCACACCCCGGGGUGGGGGGGUCCUUGGGGAACCACAACCUACUCCCCCUCACACACUCCUCCCUGCAGAGGAACAGCAUGUCGCCUGGACCCACACACACACACCGACCCCCCAGUGCAGGAAAUGCAGGUUUGAUGGGAUCAGAGCUUUCUAACACUGUGGUUUCCAGUGCUGGUACCGUUAGCUAUAGUAACCACUGCGGCUCCCCAGUACUGAUGGGCUCUCCUGGGGGCAUGUCCAAAGGGAUGCAGGCUAAGACUCCACCCCCCAUGUCCCUGAGCAUGAACCGCAAGCCGGACCUGCGCACCCUGAUGCCCCCCAGCAACAAGAAUAACAACAUGCCCUCCAUCAAUCAGAGAAUAAAUCACUCCCAGACCGCCCAGACUUUGGCCUCUCCGGUGGUGUCCAUAGCAACCCCCACUCUGCCCGGGCAGGGAAUGGGCGGGUACCCUUCUGCCCUCUCCACCUCCUAUGGCACAGAGUACUCCCUGGGCAGUGAUCUGUCCUCCCUGACAGGCUUCGGGGGUUCUGGCUCUCUUCACCUGGGGUCAGUCACCGGCUGGCAACAGCAACAGCUGCAGGGCCUUCAACACUCUACGCUAGGACACAUGGGGAACCUGUGCCAGAAUUCCAACCUCAACCUCUCGUCCGGUCAUCAGAACCUCCACAUCAAAUCGGAGCCCGCCUCCCCUCCCAGGGACAGGGGUAUGGGGAUGGUGGGCGGGGGCCUCGGGGGCGUGUCCACGAUGGGCUACCCAAACAACCGGGGCCAGGCGGAAGCCGGCCGUUCCCCGGGCGACAGCGUGUCCAGCUGCGGGAGCUCGUACGACGGCAGCGACGACCGCGAGGACCACCGUGGCAACGACAACUUCCUGCUCCGACCCCUGUCCAAUCAGGAUGAGCGCCACAGCCCGUCGGUCAAACGCAUGCGCCUAUCAGAAGGCUGGGCUACAUGAUUAAUCCCACCCCUUAGGCAGGAAAGCCACAGGGGGGGAGGGGUCUGUCUAUAGUGUUACCGCAUAGUGUUAUUAUGAUUAUAUUAUUCUUGUGCUGAGUGAGUGCUAUAGGUAUAACAGCGACAUAUACUGGAUAGGGGGAUGGAAAGUAGCGUUAAGUGAAAUGACAGCGUGUUUUUAAUACUGUAUACUGUAGUAGCUCUGGCCAAAUGUAGUCCAUGACAUGAACAACAGGGGCUCAGUUGAGAUCUACCCAUACACAGUGGGUGGCGAGUGAGGAAGGGUUUGGGACGGGGGGGGCGGGACGUGUAUUGCUUGUACCGUGUGCGUGUGUGUGUUAGGGAAUAUAAGUACAUAAAUAUGCACAUUUGUACAUGUGCAAAAUCUAGGUCAACUACAGUAACAAGGAUGUGAGGAAAUAAGUCUGGUACUCAAAGCUACUGGUGAGUAAAAAAAAAAAUAGAAAAAAAAAUUGUUACGGCCUAGUGUGACAUAGGACAUGAGAGCAAGGUGAAGUGCUAAUGUAAUACUGAGAUAGUACUUGUAUAGUUCUUGUUAACAACCCAGGUGUUUCAGUCUGCUGUCCUGGUUGAAUUGCAGCUGUAUGUAUGCUCACCACAAUCCAUGCUGUGUUGCAGGUUCAACGUAUUUAUGUAAAUAUAAAUAUAUAGAAAGGGGAGAUUGGCAGGGCGACGGUUAGAGAAGGAAAGAAAGAGAGAGAGAUAGAGAGAAAGAGAGAGAGAGAGAGAGAAAGGGAGGGAAGAAGAAAGGAAGAAAGAAAGAGAGCCAGAGAGAGAAAGAAAUCAAGAAAGAAAGAUGGUGAGAGCGUGAGGGAGAAGAACAGAGGCGUAUGCCACAGGUAGCAGAAAAGUGAACCCCAGGACAAAUAGAAUGUUCCACUUGAAGGAAAGAAGCCCAUGAAUUUGGUCAAUGCCAUGUUAGCGGAGUGAAAAGGGGGCUGCAUUGAACUCCACUCUUCCAAAUGAACAGUUUUACUCAAGCAAAGCAUGUUUGGCUUUGUAAAGAAUAGAAUGAGCCAGUGUGUGUGUUUUUCCUAGAUCUGCCAGUGUGAGCAAGCAGAGCCAUAUAAACAGAUGGAAAUUGGAUGCUUUGCUGCACAAAUACGUGACGUCUCUUUAUAGUGAAAUGUAAAAAAAAAAAAGAGUAUAUUCCUACCUAAUUAUAUAUAUUAAUUUGAAGAGGAUUUUGAAUGUAUUUGAAAUUAAGGAUGCCUCUAGCCCUUUUAAGUCUAUUUAAUAAUGUCAAAACAGUUGUUUUUCAAAAUAGCAAAAGUUCUGUAAGUGCUGGUGCACAUUCUUUUCUAUCAAAUAUUCUUGUUUAGCCAAAAGGCAGUAGACCUUUGCUUAGAGUAGUCACUCUACAGUACACAAGCAGGUAGUGUACAUUUAUACAUUUAUAACCCUGUUUGAAUACUUUGAACGUAUCCUUAAAAAAAAACUGUCUAAAUUGAUCAACAGGCCCAUGUGAGAUUAAUGAUCACAUUAAGGGUGCAUUUCUACAGUAAUUCUGCAGGACUUCUGGUCGGGGGGCUAGUCCUGGGUUCGGUCCCGCUGCUGUGGUUACAAUUCUCUGUAGUCUCACAUAACAGGGCUGUCUAGGAUAGACAUCUUUUUUAUGUAGCCUCAAAUGAUCAAGAUAGCACUUACCUGCCAUAGAUUAACUUUUAAUCCCCCCCCCAUGUCCCAGGAUAAAACAUUGAUACAAUUUGACACUAGGAAUGUGUCUUAAAGAACCACAACAAUCAUGGUUGCUGUACCUCUCCAUUGACAUAAAAAACACGCAAAGUUCUUUUCACAUACUGUAUCAGUAUACCAUGACGAACCAGUGCCUUAAGCUGUUUAACCCCCAUUAGAACAACAUGAGAUUCACGCCAAGCUACACUCCAUAGCAGCGGGUAGAAACUGGAUCCAGGCUCUAGUCUGUCAUAUUGUAGUCUGCUAGCCAGACCUGCUGUAGGCACAUGGACAUAAGGAAUGAUGAGCAGCAUACAGAGGCUGUAAAAAUUGUUUUACACAGGUGUAAGAUAUGGCUGGGUGGUGUCUAUUUUGAAUAUUUUGGUCGAGAUGCUGUAUAUUUGAAGCUCAAACCCCCAGCCGCACCCCCUGGGCUAAAUCCUGCUUUGAACAUUUCCCCAACUACUUAGAGUUGUGUUUCAGUCCAGAUGUUGUGUGCACUAUAUCACAAGCUAUAAUGUUUUUCAUGGAGAUUUUUACUUUUUAAAAUUUGAAUUGUUCUAUUCUGAGACUUUGGUUUAUCUGAGCAGUGGCUGGACAGCUGCCUAUCUCCUUACUACAGUUGUACUGUGGUUGUUGUCAUUUGAACGUUUUGCAAAGACAAAAAGUGAACCCAAAAGCAUCACUUAUGACUUUGAAAGUCAUUUUUGUUCUUUGCCAGGCUGCAAUACCAUGAUAAUGUAUGUGCAAAAGGGCAGAGCCCCGAAAAUGUCUCAUUCUACUUGACUUCCCAUCCUCUCUCAAAUGAACAAGGGGUUUGUUUCUCACACCAUAGUCCUGGAGAGCAACCCUUUUGUAGGUUUCUGACCAACCACAGGAAUCUGUGAUGAGGUCAAUCAGGAGGGCUGGACAUGAGCCUCUCUAUGGGGUUCUGGGACCCUGGUUGGAGGCCACUAUUCUGGGUAGUUCAAGUAUUGAGUUGGGAACCUGGAGCAAAUGGGUUAUAGACUAACCAUGGCAUGUUGAUCCUGCUCAUCCACUGGUCAGAGCAACUCUCUUUCCUUGUAUUGUAUUCUCCCUUAUUAGAAUGUGUCUGUGCUGUAAAGUCUGCAAUCUACCUGUACUUCAAAUUGACCCACAAUACAAACUUUCUGAUCAGUUCCAAACUCUGUGUUCAUGAGAAUAGUAUAACUUUGCCCCUCUAAAGAUAAAGGUCCAUGAACAAUAAGGUUUGAGUGGCCCCUGUAUUAUUUGUUUUCCUUAUUUAACAUGAAAACACUAACCAUCAAGGGAUUGGGCUUUUAUUUUUGCUAGUGACUGGGAAAUUUGAAGUAAAUGUUUUGAAAUUAAGAGGCUCCAAGCGGCAUAAGCUGGCCUUUGUCGCCACUUGAAGACAAAAUGUUUCUCAUUGGAAGUUCACCUCUGUCGCAGCUGUAAGAAAUCAAAUGUAUUUUCCUGUAUUGGAAAUCUGGUAUUUGUAUUUUGCAGAAAAAUUCAGUAAAUAUACAGGCUCUCA